GGGCGGAGGGCCGCCGUGGCGUCGGGCCCCGGGCCGAGCCGGAGGUGGGGGCUCGGAGGCCGAGGCUUCCGAGGCCGUGGGCAAGCGUCCGUGUGGCCUGGUCUGGGCCAUGUCCGCGUGAGGACGCCGCUGCUGCCGUCUGCGUCCCACCCCAGCCCGGCCCGCCUCGCACCAUGGGCUCCAUUCUGAGCCGCCGCAUCGCGGGCGUGGAGGACAUCGACAUUCAGGCGAACUCGGCCUAUCGCUACCCCCCGAAGUCCGGAAACUACUUUGCUUCGCACUUUUUCAUGGGAGGUGAGAAAUUCGACACCCCCCACCCUGAAGGUUACCUCUUUGGCGAGAACAUGGAUCUCAACUUCCUGGGCAAUCGCCCGGUCCAGUUUCCUUAUGUCACCCCUGCCCCCCAUGAACCGGUAAAGACAUUGAGGAGCCUGGUGAACAUCCGAAAAGACUCGCUGCGACUCGUAAGGUACAAAGAUGGUGCUGACAGCCCUACUGAGGACAGCGAGAAGCCCCGCAUCCUCUACAGCCUGGAGUUCACCUUUGAUGCCGAUGCCCGGGUGGCCAUCACCAUCUACUGCCAGGCAGUGGAGGAGUUUCUGAACGGCAUGGCUGUGUACAGCCCCAAGAGCCCCGCCCUGCAGUCUGAGACAGUCCAUUAUAAGAGGGGGGUGAGCCAGCAUUUCUCCCUGCCCUCCUUCAAGAUCGACUUCUCAGAAUGGAAGGACGAAGAGUUGAACUUUGACCUGGACCGGGGGGUGUUUCCAGUGGUCAUCCAAGCCAUGGUGGAUGAAGGAGACGUUGUGGAGGUGACUGGCCACGCCCACGUGCUCUUAGCUGCCUUUGAAAAGCAUGUCGACGGCAGCUUCUCUGUGAAGCCGUUAAAGCAGAAGCAGAUCGUGGACCGGGUCAGCUACCUUCUGCAGGAGAUCUACGGCAUCGAGAACAAGAACAACCAGGAGACGAAGCCCUCGGACGAGGAGAACAGUGACAACAGCAACGAGUGUGUGGUGUGCCUGUCGGACCUGCGGGACACGCUGAUCCUGCCCUGCCGCCACCUGUGCCUGUGCAACUCCUGCGCCGACACGUUGCGCUACCAGGCCAGCAACUGCCCCAUCUGCCGGCUGCCUUUCCGGGCCCUUCUGCAGAUCCGGGCAGUGAGGAAGAAGCCAGGAGCCCUGUCCCCUGUCUCCUUCAGCCCAGUUCUGGCCCAGAGCAUGGACCACGAUGAGCACUCUUGUCCCUUUAAAAAAUCAAAGUCGCACCCCGCCUCACUGGCCAGCAAGAAACCUAAAAGGGAAACUAGCUCUGACAGCACCCCACCUGGCUACGAGCCCAUCUCCCUGCUCGAGGCACUCAAUGGCCUUCGAGCCAUCUCCCCAGCCAUCCCCUCGGCCCCCCUUUAUGAAGAGAUCACCUACUCCGGCAUCGCGGACGGCCUGUCCCAGGCCAGCUGUCCACUGGCUGGGCUUGAUCGGAUCGUGGAAAGCAGCCACCAGAAGGGCAAGUCUCGGGGCAGAUCCCCUGACAGCACCUUGCGGUCCCCAUCAUCCCCCAUCCAUGAAGAGGAUGAGGAGAAGGUCUCCCAAGACUCAGAAGCCCCUCCCCUGCAAAGUGGAGCCGGGCUGGUGCUCAGCAGCUCCCCAGAGAGUUUCCUCACGGAGGAGGUUGACGAGACAUCGUCACUAAAGCAAGGGAGCCGAGUGUCCUCCAUCGAGAAUGUCCUGCAGGAUGGCAGCCCCGAGCCCUGCGGCCGCAGCCACCCUGCUGACAUCUACCUGCCAGGAUGGUCCACCUCCAUGGAGACGCCCCGCAGCCUCUUCACCACUGGUCCCGCCUGGCCUCCACUUAGUGGCCCCAGUCCCGACCCCAGGGUUACCGAGCUGACCCCACUCUGAGAGCCUGGCCAGGCUGGCAGCAUGGAGCCCUCAGCUCCCCAGACUUUGCGGAGGGGCCAUCUGGACUCCAGGCCUCUUCUGUCUGCACGCCCUUUGUAGCCAUGACUCCAAGGGGCCGUGUGACCGUUGAUUGAAGAGCACAGUGGACUGUCCCCUUGACAAAUCCCUUUUUCUACGGUCGCUGUAUUUGUAAAUGGUACAAGAUGACGGACAGCUGCUUUCUGUCCCGGGUACUGAGCUCUGGGGUCUCCCCAAAUGUCCUGUUGACUAAGCAGCCCAGGCUGGGGGCUGUCCACCCACAUGUGCCCGAUUUGGCUUCGCCUAGCCCCCCGGCCAGUGGGGGGUUGACACCCUAGAACUCAGCAAACUGGUAGAAGAGGAUUUAUUGGUGGGUGAAGCGCUGUCUUCAUCCGAGGUGUUAUUGGGGGGGUUGUUGUCAGGGGUGGAAAGGAAGUGGGGUCAGCUUCACGGUCGAUGACGGAAACAGUGCCUCUCCCCUACCCCCAUGUGCGUGGCCUGGCUGGCGCUGCUGCUUUGUGCCCUCUGUUGCUUCCCCUGCCCCGCUCAGGCCCUUUGGUGUAGGGCCACCUGUCACAGCUUGCAGCCCUUCCCCACGGCCCUGCCCUCUGGGCAGCCCUGGCAUCCGCACGUGAGGCCAAGGUCUGCGUCUGCCCAAGGGAGCAGGUGCACAGCCUGUUGGCAGCGGUUGGUCUGGUGGCCCCUCUCCAAGCUCUGCGUCUUCUCAGAGGUGGCUUUGCCCACCUUCCCAGACUCCCUUCAGCAAGAGGCUUUUGCCUGGCCAGUGACGCUGCUGCCCACCUUACCCGGGAGGGACCUGAGCAACUUCUCUGCUCCCUCUUUGCCAUUUUAAACAUCACUUUGUGUUUCUCUUUGAUUUGUUCUGUGUGGGACUCCUGUGGUGGGACCUGCCUGGGGGAGGAGGGUCCCAUCUGAGGUCCUCGUCUUUUUUAUAGGACAAGCCUCCUGGGCAACAGAAAGGCAGAGGGAGUGCCAGCCCUGGUGCAGCUGCGUACAAGCUGCCCUAGCAGGGACAUUGGCCUGGUGGGUGGGUGUGUGCAGCUCCCCAUGGGGGCCACCACUUCUGGGCUUGGGAGGAGCCGCUUUAUGACGAGCUGCCCUGGGAAGGAUGGUUCUGGGGUGGCCAGCAGCCAUCCACAGAGCAUUGGUGCAGCCAAGGGCUCUGUCCAGGCGGGUCCUCGGUCUCCCUCCAGCUGGGCCUGUCAGCAGAGCGCUUCCUGUGUACAAUUGUCAGCCAUGCUGAGGCUGCCUGCCCCGGCUGCUUGCCUCACCUCCCCUACCGCCCACCGUGUGCUCGUGGAUGCACACGUGCCACUGUGCAUGCACACACAUACAAGCACACAGGCUGGCCGUCUCCCCCCGCCUCGCCCUCGCCACCUGCCAACGCCCUGGCCUCGCGCUAUUGGUAUCGGUGCCAGUCCUCUGAAGGACGGGAUGCAGACUGCCCUGUCCUGGAUUUACAUGUGCUAUCAUUUGAUGUAUUCUGAUUGGCUGGUUUUUGUUCAUUUUUACUGUAUAUUUAUAGUAAUAAAAUCAUGCAGCAAUA